AUGUCCGAUCAAGAUGCCACCCCGAACCCCUCCCCUGCCCCCCCUGCACCCACUGGACCCCCUCCCAAGGUGACGAGCCGCGGCCGCACCGCGGUUCCCGUCGCCAGCUCCAACUCUGACACAACGGACAUCCCUGAGUUUGAGUUCUUUGGUGUAGCGGGCCCGAGAGGGAUUCCGCCUCUGACUGAAUUUCUUGACAUCUUUGACGUGGACAUGAUGAGGAAGCCAGAUGAAAGCAACAAGAUGCACCACCACACCAUGUUGUACAACUCCGACCAUCUCAUCGUCCGCCGAGGACAAGAAUUCCAGAUCAAGAUCACCUUCAACCGUCCCUACGAUUCUGCUCAAGACAAGUUUGCUGUGGAGUUUGUCAUUGGCUCCAGCCCUCAGUACAGCAAGGGCACCUACAUCCCUGUCUUCCCCACUAAGGAGCGUCAGAGCUCCUGGGAAGGCCGCAUUACGGACAAAUCAGACAACGUGGUCACCAUGGGCAUCACUCCUGCGGCAAACUGCAUUGUGGGGAAGUACCAAAUGUACAUUGCUGUGGUGACGCCCUUUGGCAUCCGCAGGACCAAGCGGGACAACAGCCGAAACCUCUACAUCCUCUUCAACCCCUGGGUGGCAGAGGAUGCCGUCUUCCUGGAUGAUGAGCAAGAGAGAGAAGAGUGUGUGAUGACUGAGAUGGGGAUCAUCUACCACGGUGCCCAUGACGACGUCUCUGAGAGAAACUGGAACUAUGGACAGUUUAACUAUGGAGUCCUGGAUGCCUGUCUGUACAUCAUGGACAGAUCUGAGAUGCCCAUCACCAACAGAGGAGACCCCAUCAAGGUGACCAGAAAGGCCUCUGCUAUGCUGAACUCUCAUGAUGAAGACGGCGUGUUGGUGGGGAACUGGAGCGGCGACUACACCUACGGAGUGGCGCCCACUUCCUGGACUGGCAGCACUGACAUCCUGCUCAGCUACGCUAGCGCCAAGAUGCCCGUCUGCUACGCUCAGUGCUGGGUCUACGCUGCAGUCUUCAACACCUUCCUGCGCUGUCUGGGCAUCCCAUCCCGGGUCGUCACCAACUAUUUCUCCGCCCAUGACAACAACGGAAACCUGAAGACCGACAUCAUCCUGGAUGAGAACGGCAGGAUUGACCGCGACCGCACAAAGGACUCCGUCUGGAACUAUCACUGCUGGAAUGAGUGCUACAUGACCAGGCCGGACCUCCCAACUGGCUUCGGAGGCUGGCAAGUUGUGGAUGCAACACCACAGGAGACCAGUGACGGCAUGUACAGAUGUGGUCCUGCAUCAGUCCAGGCCAUCAAACAUGGGCAGAUAUGCUUCCCCUUUGAUGCUGCCUUUGUGUUUGCUGAGGUCAACAGCGAUGUGGUGUUUUAUUCCCGGAGGAAAGAAGGGACCAUGGAGCCAGUCAAAGUGAACCGGACUCACAUAGGCCGCAUGAUUUUGACCAAAGCUGUGGGAGGCAUGACCCGCCGCGACAUCACCGAUCAAUACAAGUUCUCUGAAGGCAGUACAGAGGAGCGGACCGUCCUGGAAAAAGCAGAGGAGUACGGCUGCAAACGAGAGAAGUCCGACCCUCCUCUGGCUGAUGUGGACGUGGUCCUGCCUACCCUGGAGAUCAGUGUGGGCGACGACUUUGAGCUGAGCCUUGAGUUCAUAAACCGAAGUGACCAGCAGCGCACCAUUGAAGCCUACAUCAGCGGGAGUGUGGUGUAUUACACCGGAGUCACCAGCUCUGACUUUCUGUUCAGGACUCCCACAGUGAAGAUCGACCCCAACAAAACUGUGAAGGAGUUGGUGGCGGUCCAGUCAAAGAACUACAUGAACCACCUGGUAGAACAGGCCAACCUUCACUUCAUUGUUACUGGGAAGGUCAAGGAGACCGGCCAGAUCGUCACCGUCAUGAAAGUCAUCACCCUACACAAUCCCAAACUCAUCGUUGAGGUUUCCAGUGAAGGCAAGGUGAAUGAAGAGAUGAUAGUGAGUGUGCAGUUUACAAACCCCUUCACCUUCAGCCUGGAGGGCGUCUACAUUCGCAUGGAAGGACCUGGGAUCAUGCUGCCCAAGUACAAAUAUUACGGUAUGAUCACAGGAGGCUCCUCUCUGACCUGGACCGAGGUUUUCAUCCCACAGAGGACCGGCUCGACCAGGUUGAUUGCCACUCUGGAUUGUCCUGCUCUCAGGCAGGUCUACGGCCAGGCGUCCGUCACCAUCAAGCCCUGAGGGUCACUACAGGAUCACUGAUGCCCAACAUCAUUAAACUCAGUUACACUUUAGACCAAGUAUAGGUCUAUAACAUAGUUAUGUAGCUUUAGAUUUACAGUAGGUAUAGCUUCAGCAUUUAUAAUAGUGGUGAUAGAUUUAAAAUUUUCUGCAGAGGUGGAAGUCAUAAAAACAGCAUGUGCAUUAAGACCUCUCUAAAUAGAUAGCCAUUUUAAAAAAGUCAAUUUCUUAACUCACGAGAGGCUAAUCAAAAUAGUUUUGUACCCUAUUAUACAAAGGAAGCUGUGUGAUUUUUAUGAUUAAGAAAGAAGGGAUCCAUAAACAAGGUUAUUCCAUAGUGAUUAUUGGUUUGUUUGUUUGUUUGUUUUUUUUUGUCUUUUUGGCCAUUCGAAAACCUUAAGAAUUUUCAGCUCAAAAUUAUACAAAUACAGGUAAAGCUGCAGUAAUCGGCCACUAGGGGCAAAAUUACUCUGAAAAAUAUCGGGCAGACGAAUACAGCCGUGAAGUAAAAAGUCAGUAGGGGUUAACACGCUAGCAAACACUGCCCACUUAAAAGUCCAGCAGACACAGAUCAACAUUAUCAUUCCACUGGAACUUUCUGGUUUCCUGAUUAACUCCAGCCCAAUAGUCACAAACAUUUUAAGGCGGUUUGUUUUUCCUCAAACUCCUGAGAAAAAUAUCUGGGUCUUUAGCCGUUAGAUGUUUGAUUAUGUUCACCAGCUAUUUGCUAACUUUGUCUGUCUGCCAUUUGACACUGGGCAGGCAACAUAAGGCUUUCUGGCGGAGCUAGAAACAGGGCUGAUUGGGUCAAUGAAACUGAACCGAACAGUAAAUGUGGCAUAAAAUCAAAAUAAUGAGCUAUGAAAGGCUAAAAAAAAAAAAAUUCGGUGGCGCUGCAGAGUAUGGUGAUAAUUCUCUGUGGAUAUGAGUGGCCCAUUUGAUGCUAUAUUUCAUUUAAUGUACAAAAUUGUGAUUAAUACAGCUUUAACUUAACCGUUUGAACAAUUUUGAAAACUUACCCCCACAAUUCAACUAAAUUUAAAUUUAAAUAUCAACAUUUCUAUUUGAGUAGUGCGCCUUCCACCUCUUUAUAUAACGCUAUAAAAUCAGUUUCUUCUCUUCUUCUUUUUUCUGUGUACAAGAACUAAUGGAAAUAUCAACCAAAUAAAAGAUUAACAACUGCAUAAGUUUGUGACAUAUUCCCUAUAACUGUAUGUAUGUGAGCCAGUGUUGAUACUUGGCAUAUUUACUUCAUUAGAAGUAAUGUCUGAGAGUUCAUCAUUGUCCAUCUUUGAUUCAACAUAUUUGAAUAAUGCUUAGAUUAUUAUAGAAACUAUGGCUCUCAAAACAAACUCAAAAUCAUUCAUCAUAAUACAUCACUGAAGAAGUGAAGAAAUAUGAUUUUUUUGUCAUUUCUUCACAUUUCAAACCUCAAAUAUUUCAUUUUGAUUCCUCUUACUCUCAAAAAAAAGUGUUACAUAUAGCUAUAACUCUCAGUAAACAUACCUGAAAACAUCUCCUUUACUUUACUCUUAGGAUUUUCUGUGUUUGUCUACACUUAUGCACUUGCACAGUGAAAGAUACAUAGACAUUUCCUCACUCACAAUCACUUGUAGGGUGAUGAGGUUGUCUGGAUACGCUUGGUUAUCAUGGAACACAAUGUACAUGCUGGGGUUGUCUAUUCUAUCCACCACGCUGUCAUGGCGGCCGUGUGGCUGCUGGUUGUUGCGAGGCGGAGGCACCUUCACGCCACUUUGGCCCAGCAACUGGUCUGGAGUAGGUGGGGUUGGCUGAGUAGCUGGCGUUUGCAGCAAAGUAGCUUCCAUGACCAUAUGCAGUUGCUGGGCGAAAGAGAGAACAGGGAGUUAACAAGCAUCCAAUACCUAAA